UGAGAGUUCCAGAAGCUGUUAAGCAGUCUCUAUCUGCCAGCAAACGAAGCACAGAGCUUGUGAAAUAUCUCCUCCAUUGUUAACACUACUGUGAAAGACCAAUUGCUUCCAUGUGGCUUUACGUGGCCUGCCUCAUUGGCCUGUAUUAUUUGUUUCGCUGGUAUCGGGAGAGGCUGGUGGUGAGUAACCUUAGAGACAAAUAUGUCUUUAUCACUGGCUGUGACUCUGGAUUUGGGAACCUGCUGGCUAAGCAGCUGGACCUUCGAGGCCUGAGAGUGCUAGCGGCCUGUCUGACAGAGAAAGGGGCUGAGCAGCUGAGGUGUGAGACUUCAGACAGGGUAGAGACAGUGAUCCUGGAUGUGACCAAGACUGAGAGCAUCACUGCAGCGGCCCAGUGGGUGAAGGAGCAUGUGGGAAAUAAAGGACUCUGGGGCCUCGUCAAUAAUGCAGGAGCUGUCUUUCCAGAUGUUUGUACUGAGUUGAUGACCAAGGUGAACCUUAUGAAGACAAUGAAUAUAAACCUGUUUGGAGUAAUUGAGGUGACAAUGAGCAUGCUGCAAAUGGUGAAGCAAGCCAGGGGGAGGAUUGUCAAUGUCUCUAGCUUCAUGGGGAGAGUUGCUUUCUCUUCAGUAGCCUACUGCUGUUCCAAGCAUGGAGUGGAAGCUUUCUCAGAUUGUCUGAGGUAA